AGGGAGCAGAGUUGCGGGUUGCACCAGGGAACCUCGCAUGUCAGACAAGGGCUGCUGUGACCAAAACUUAACUAAACCCGGGAAAGGGAGAGGGAACUACAGAAGACCUAACUAAACUAUGUUCAGAUCAUGUGGUUGAAUCAAGGCUUAGAAUGUGCUGUGGAGAUGGGGUUAAAUUAUUCCAAGUUAUACGACAAUAACCUUGACUAUGAGAGCCAAGAACGACAGCAACUAAUUCUGAAGGAUCUCUGUACUUCAACAAUUCCAUUUUCAGAGACCAACUGUAAGAACGCCUCUUCCUUUUCAGUGGCCCUCUUGGCAAUUGUCUGGGCCUUUAACACCAGCGGAAUUCUGCUCAGCUUUUUCUUCAUUGUCUUCACAAUUCGCUUCAGAAAAAAUAGGAUUGUGAAAAUGUCUAGUCCAAACUUGAAUGUUGUGACUCUCCUGGGCAGUGGCUUGACUUACGGUAGCGUAUAUCUCUUUGGAAUUGAAAAACAGACUCCUUUGAGCAGACCAUCCUUAGAGAUGCUGAUUCAAGUGAGAAUUUGUAUAUUAUACAUAAGUGGUUCCUUGGCUUUGGGUCCUAUCCUGGGAAAGAGUUGGCGUUUAUACAGAGUAUUCACUCAAAAGGUGCCAGACAAAAGAGUGAUUAUCAAAGAUUUUCAGCUGCUGGUGAUGUUAUCACUGUUAGUUCUGGUUGAUAUUAUGAUGCUCUUGAUGUGGAUCUCCUUGGACCCAGUCCAGUGUCUCCAAAAUCUUAAUGCAGAUGUGAAGGUCACUGACAAAGGCUUGAGUUGCACACUGAGACACGGAUACAUCUGUAAAUCUCUCUACUCUGAACUUUGGUUUAUUCUUCUUCUGGGAUCUAAGGGAAUCCUACUGAUGUAUGGAAUUUAUCUUGCAGGUCUAACAGAUAAUCUCAGUUGCCCACCAGUUAAUCAGUCCCUGACACUCAUAAGUGCAGUAGCCAUUAUUUUCCUCUUUAUUGGAAUCAUGCUGGUGGUUAAUAGUUUUUUCCACUUGUGGCACAAUCUGGUGUAUGGAUUAACUUCAGGAGGAAUCUUUGUCUGUAUGUCUUCAAUAAACUGUUUGAUCUUUAUCCCACAGAUCAGACAGUGGAAGACUUUUGAAAAACAAGAAGCUGAUACCAGCAACAUGGCUAAAUAUUUUACAGGUUCUAACAAGAAUUUCCACUCUACAAUGUAUAGUGAUGAAGAGAUAUACCAGCUGCUUGGGGAAAAAAACACCAUGAUGCAGCAGCUUGCAGAGAAAGAUACAGCAAUUGCAAAUCUCCAAGAACAAAUGAACAGUGUUAAGGAGAAGUUGAUGGGACUGGUGGCUACAGAGGAUAAUCACAGUGUUGCUGGUUCUCCAUUUCUUUCAACCUCCCAUUUAUUGCCUUCUCAUUCUACAGCUAAUUUUUCUUCAAUGGCAAAUGAAAAUCUACCCUUUUCACUUAGCCAGGAGCUGAAACCAUGGCAGAAUUCUAAACUCUCAAAUUCACAAUAUGUAGCAGGAUUACCUAGUAAAAAAAGGUCUACUGAUGACCUAGAACGUACAGAUCAAGACAACAUAUCACUAGACAUUACUGCUAAGUGCAAACUAGUGAAUAAGCAGCAUUCAGGUGCUAAGUAUGAUGAAGAGCAAUGGUUUUCCCAAUCCAGCACUGUACUUACUAGAAAGAGGAUACAUGAACCCAGUUUCAGCACACCGAGCAAAGGAGCAAGGCCACCACAUUUUUCAGCACUGAAGCACAAACAAAGCUCUGAAGUAAGUUCUGCGGGCAAUAAAAAAUUUCAAAAAAUCUUGCAGGAUCUGAGUGUGAAUCACAUUGCCACAAUGCAACCAACUUCCAGGGGACCCAAAUACAAUUAUGAAAGGAGAAUGAUGUUGCAACCGAAGAAAAUCCCCUUCAACUUUUCUGGUUCCAUGGCCUCCAGUAUUCAGUGUGGUGUGAAUAAAUCAGCCAGCAGAAUGCAAAGAACGAGCAGAUUAAUAGAAUAUCCUCGGUCAGCACCAAGAAGCACUAAGGAUGGAGAUUGUUUGCAUCAGCCUCCACCUUUGCCAUCGUUGGUGCUUAAGAACUCACUGCAAAUUAAGGCUGACAGUGGGUUUGAGUCUUUAUACAAUCAAGGCUAUGGCUUGCUGCUAGACAAUCAUCUAGUAGGGAACUGCGCAUCUACAUUUUAUCCCACAAACUUGGGGAAUUUUCAUUAUCAGCAUAAAGAUUUUCUGACAAGAGCUAUUCCAAGCCUGCCUCCCUCCCAGCAUUUUUUCUUAGAUUCUGGCAGCAGUUCUUCUGGGGAGGGAACCUAUUGCCAUCAAACACAGGCUUGUGAAGUUUGCCAUGGCAGUCUCUCUUCUUCUAGUGACAGCUGCAUGAUUGACACAGAUCCUGAAUAUAGUAUGUUGGAUUAUGGAAAAUUUUACAGCAAAACUAAACAAAUUGUGAAUUUCAAUGAAGAUUUGGAACCCACUUAUGUAUAAAAAUAAAAUGUGAAUUUACUA